CAAUUUCUCCAACAAUUAGCUGACCAUAACUUACAGGGUCAACUUGAUUACUCUCUCUCUCUUUCUCUUAACACCUUAACCUUGAGUUGCAAGAGUAUCCUAAGACAAGGAAAACUGAUCUAUUAGGAGUCUAAGACUACUAAACAGAAAGAAUAAACUCAUCUUUACAUAAAGCAGAUCCAUUUUCUAAAUGGCUGCAGCUCAAUAUCUUUAUUUGUGGGUAGUCUUCAAUUUAUCAUUGUUCUUGGCCUUGGCUAAAGAAGAAAACCAGUUCAUCUACCAUGGUUUCAACAACUCGAAACUGCAACUGGGUGGCUUGGCAAAGAUUCUUCCCAAUGGUCUAUUGCGGCUCACAAACACUUCUGAGCUUGAAAGCGGUUAUGCUUUCUACCCUUCUCCUUUCAAAUUCAACUCAUCUUCCUCUCAAACCCUUUCGUUUUCCACAACUUUCGUGUUUGCCAUGGUUUCAAAAGCAGUUAAUUUUGGAGGCAAUGGCUUGGCUUUUUUCAUCUCACCGUCUAUGAACUUCACUGGCGCUGUCGCAGGUGCAUAUUUGGGGCUCUUCAAUCUUACAAACAACGGCCAGCCUACCAACCACAUCUUGGCGGUUGAGCUUGAUACAGUAGAAAGCCCUGAAUUUUAUGACAUAGAUGGAAACCAUGUUGGAAUUGAUGUGAACAGCCUCAUCUCUAAUCAGUCUGCUACAGCAAGUUACUUUUCCAAUAAAGAAGAAAAGAACGAAACUUUGGAGUUAGGAAGUGGAAAACCAAACCAGAUUUGGAUAGACUAUGAUGGAACAGAAAAAUUAUUCAAUGUAACAAUAGCUCCACUGAAAAUUCCAAAACCAAACAGGUCUCUGCUCUCAAAACAUCUCGAUCUUUCCGAAGUUCUAUUGGAGUCUAUGUAUGUUGGUCUCUCUGCAGCAACUGGUACGCGGAUAAGUGAUCACUAUAUUCUCGGAUGGAGCUUCAACAAAAGUGGACCAGCACAAAACCUUGAUGUUUCAAAGCUUCCUCCUCCUCCUCCACCUGAGAAAACCAGUGAGGGCCUAGAUCGAACUAUUACUGUUUUGCUUGUGGCAAUAGCGGUUGUGCUGAUAACAGUUGGUGUAGCUAUUUACAUUGUGAGGAAGAAGAAAUAUGAAGAAGUAUAUGAGGACUGGGAAAAAGAAUAUGGUCCCCAUAGGCUCUCCUAUAAGAAGCUCUACAAAGCAACCAAAGGUUUCAAAGAAAAAGAGUUUAUUGGUCAAGGAGGUUUUGGACAGGUGUACAGAGGUGUUCUUCCUUCUAAUGUACAAAUCGCAGUCAAGAGAAUCAACCAUAACUCAAACGAAGGGAUGAAGCAAUUUGUGGCCGAGAUUGUGAGCAUGAGAAGGCUAAGGCAUAGGAAUUUGGUUCAACUCCGGGGCUAUUGCAGGCGUAGGGGGGAACUUCUAUUGGUCUAUGAUUAUAUGCCUAAUGGAAGCCUUGACAAAAUCUUAUAUGUCGAUACAAAAGCAAACCUUAAUUGGUUUCAGAGAUUCCGGAUUCUCAGAGGAGUAGCUUCGGGCCUUCUUUAUCUCCAUGAAGAGUGGGAACAGGUUGUUCUGCAUAGAGACAUAAAAGCUGCCAACGUUCUUUUAGAUGCCGAUCUGAACGGAAAGUUAGGAGAUUUUGGGCUUGCUAGAUUACAUGAUCAUGGUAGCAAUGCACAAACCACCAGCCUGGUAGGAACUGUUGGUUAUCUGGCUCCAGAGCUGCUUCAGACUGGAAAGGCAACUACUAGCACUGAUGUAUUUGCUUUUGGAGCUUUUAUGCUUGAGGUUGCUUGUGGAAGGAGGCCUAUAGAGCCUGGCAUGGUAGAUUUGGCUGCUUGGGUCAUUGAUUGCUGGAAAAGAGGAGCAAUUCUAGGUGUUAGUGACCCUAGAUUGGAAGGUAUGUAUGUGGAAGAGCAAAUGGAGUUGGUUCUUAAACUUGGCCUCCUUUGUUCACACUCUAACCCCGAAACUAGGCCUAGCAUGAAGCAGGUGACACAGUAUCUGGAUGGUGAAGCAAAAUUGCCAAGUAUAACACCAGAGAGCGCUGUGAUAGGGGCAAUAACAGCGAGGAAUGAAGUUCCUGAUAUUGUUUUCUCAUUUGAUUCGUUGCCUGAAAGUACUUCUUCCCACACCUUGUCCAGUGUUGAUUCAAUCCUAGUGCUGGGCCGCUGAAUCAAGAGUUUUAUGCAAUAGCUGCGUCCUUUGGACAUGUUAUGGUUGGAGGAUACAGAGAAUAAAGAUUCUGAAAUACUCUGUUUCUCUAACUUGUGAAUUUGUAAAACUGGUACUACUUGUAUCGCUAUUGACUUGACUUGUUAUUCUGUAAGAUAAUCUUGUUUUGCUGGCUAAUAAACAUUGAUUCUAGUUUAGUUUAGCUUUUAACAGAAACCCAGAAUGUGUAUGUCUCCAUAUCAUGAUCAAAAUAGCAAGCUGUGAUAUAUAACCCAUGAAAAUGCUGUAGCCACAUGGCUUAGAGUCA